ACUGGCGAAUAAUGUCUGUGUAGCGAUGGAACGCCCUGCUAACCAAAAGCAAUUGUUAGCUAGCCAGCUACGCUGAAAUGGGCGUUCACUGUUUAGCUUCUACUCAGUAGGGAGGCCAUAGCAGUGGCAGCAUCGGGUUUGAGAGUCAUGAAGAAUUAAUGUAUACGUUCUAGGAGUAUUACUUUAUAUUGCCAUUGGUCACGGUGGACUAAAUUUGUUGUAGUAGAUACGCAGUUGUAAAGCAUGCGUCUGGCUAAGGCUCAUUGGUUGCUAGCUCGUUGAGCGGAUGUUCGCAGAGAUUUUCAGCUUGGACAUGGCUGAUAACAACCCCAAGAUCAUGAAUCUGUCUUCUUGAUGAGUGACCUUGAACUCUACCAAUGCUAAAACCAAGCAAUGGAAUAGAUGCAAGUCUGUGUGCCAAGGAAAACCUCCCCCCUGACGUUAUCUUGCAUGACAGAGGCCUGUUUUUCUGGAAACAAGUCAGGCUUUGAGCCAAAGCCAGAGAUGCUCAUACCAAGGCAUCCUUAUGGGCUACAGCCUUGCUACACCAACUGAAAGCACUAGAAAACUGCAUCUCUUGCUUAGAGGAUGUGCUACUGAGUGGAUGCAAAGAUUGACUCCUCUGUCAUCUCUCCACGACAUUAACAUUUAGUGUAUACGGUUUAAAGAAUGGUAACCAAAAAUGGUGUCUGAAUGUGGCAUUUUGUGGUUGGGCAUGCUAAAAGGUGUGAGGCUCUCUCAGAAAAUUAUAACAGCUGACUAAUAGUCUGCUGCUAAUAAUGGAUGCCAAGUUAAAAGAGGACCUGUUCCGGAGGUAUGUGACAGCACUGGAGAAGCGCCUGGAGGAAGGAGGGGAUAACAGGGGGACUGGAAGUACGCAAGAAGGGGAAAGAAGCAGACACAAGGACAGUGAGGCCCUACUUUCCACAGCCACAGCUCUGCUAGGAGCCUAUCAGCCAGAUCCGGCACAGCGAUUUCGCAUGGUGCGUUUCUAUGAGGUAGUGGAGAACUCCCUCCGCUCCCAGAGAGGAGUCAACCUGAAGGGCCUCGAGAGAGCCUUCCAUACCCUGGAAACCAUCUGCACCAACCUCCUGCUCUUCCCUUGGAAGAAGGAAUUCAGAUGUAUAAAGACCUUCACUGGCCCAUAUGUGUACCAUCUGCAGUCUGCCAUUUCUGAUGCUGAACUCCGAACUUUAAUGCGCACCAUUGGCUACACCUGUGACCAUGAUUCGCAGUUCCAUUUGCAGGAGCAUCCAGGAGGUGCAAAUCAUCUGCGGCAAUUGGCAUUUGAACUCUUCCUGGCCCAGGCAGAGUGUCGUCUUCUGGGAGAGGUAGUGGCUCUGGCCCGUGGUUCAGCGUCAGAACUGGAGGCCCUGGAGCUCCGCAGAGGUUGCAGAGAUGAUGCAGCUGGCUGUGCUGAAGCGCUCCGCAGACGUGACAGCCUUGGGGCAGAUAUGGCUCGGCUGUCCGUGCGGCCAUUGGAUAUAGAAAAGCCUCAUGCCCACCACCUUAGGCGAGGUAGCCGACCAUCUAAGUCUGUGGAUGUUACAGAUGGGGCUGGUCACUGGCAUGCAGCGGUUAGCAAGCCUGUCUUGAAGGCUUCAUUGAGUCUGAGGAAAGAGCCUCUAUUUGUGGAUGCAGAGGAGGAUAUGAAGGAUGAGAUCAUCAGGCCCAGCACCUCAAUAUCUCUUUCCUCUGUGGCUGCUCCACCUUCCUAUAGCCCUGUUGCAGAUUUCUUCCCAAUUCAGUCACCUCCCCCAGCGGAUCCCUACACAUCCUACCAUCCAUCCUCUUUAGAUGAGAUUGACUUGUACACAGAGAGGGGUGGGGCUGGCACAGGAGGGAGGCAGACCCCGUCUCGACCUCUAUCCAGAGAGCCUCGAGAUGGAAGGGAUGGGUGGCUGCACAAAGGUCAUGGUAGUGUGAAGUGCCAGGGUUGCGGGCUGGGCUGCACCACAAUGGCCUCCUGCCAGAGGUGUGACAUGAUCCUCUGUUCUGCCUGUCAUGAUGUGGACCCCUCCCCUUGCUGUGGCCUCCAGGACUACCAUCCAAAAUCUCCACGACCCCUUGAUGGAUACAUUCCUGUCAAGGAAAAGCUCUCUGUCUACUCUAAUACUCAUACUCACUCCCAUCUCCAUCCACACCCCCUCACAUUGACCCACUCACAUUCUCAUCCCCACCCUCACCCUCAGAUGGUGGAGAAGCCCCUCAUGUCCACUAAGCUGUUUCCCAGCAAGUCUGUUGCCUUGACAACACCAAAGGGAGGCAGCAGUGAGCGAAUAAGCAUGGGGGGAUCGCGAUGCGGGUUUUGCAACAAGCCAGGUGCAUCACACACCUGUGUGAACUGUUCGAAAGUGUCAUGUGACUCGUGCAUGGGCUUGUAUGCAAAAGAUAUGUGCACGCGAAAGAAUCCUCAGCACAACUUUGUGCCCAACCAUCAGCUCAACUUCAAAUCUGGCACCAUAUCUCACCUGGUGUACCGAUGAAUCAGGCAGACAGAAUAUAUAUAUUUUUUUCCCUUCCACUCCCCUCCUUUAACCUGCAACAUAGUCUUGCACGAUUGCUUUAGCUUUCUUUCUUUCUUUCUUUCUUUCUUUCUUUCUUUCUUUCUUUCUUUCGAUUUAAGUCAUUCAUGUUCUUCAUCUUAGUCCAGUGCUCUAUUUAUUCUUUUGGUCUUAAAUUUUUUUUUUUUUUUUGAUGUUGUUGUUUUUUUUUUCUAACCCUCUUAAACUUUGUACAUUACAUUUUCUCUUACUGUUGUAGGGCCAUUGAAUGCACAUGCCACAGAGAGCCAUAUCGUCUGCCCAUCUCUCUGCCUUGUACAAGUUCAGGCCUUUUAUCUAUUUCUUCUUCCUUUUACCUUGCUACCUGCUCUUGAGUAGUCAUGUGAUGUUGUAGCGCUUCCCAAAUCCCUCAAAUCUUGUCCUCAUCAAAAAGGGAAACUGGAGAAAGUUUAAUUCCUUCUCAUUUUGAAUGAAUUCCGUCCAAAUGAACAUAAUCUACUUUGCCUAAUUUCUCAGCUAAAAAAAUCUUCUAAUAUAUAUAAAUAUAAAUAUAUAUAUAAAUAUACAGUAUAUAUAUAUGUGUGUGUGUGACUGAAUGAGUGAACGUGUAUGCGUGAGUGAGUGUAGAAAAGACCUCUGAGCUUGCAUUGUGAUAAAGGGGUCUUUUUAACUUGAAAAAAAUAUAGGAAAAAAGAGAAAACAUACACUGGAAGUCAAUAAGUCAAUAGUAUAUAUUUUUAAUCUCUAUUCUCUAGAACAACGUGAGACUGUUAAAUGGGCAUGAGGCCUGGCAUUAGGAAUUUUGGGGUAUAAACUUAUAUAUGUGGGUAUGGGGUGGGGGAUAUCUCAAGGGGACACACUGAGACAACGGUCGAAUGCCAUAGAUUCUAUUUAAAAGAUUAUGCCUUGUAAAUUAAUCCUCAAUUGUUUCUGGUUGUAGGACUGAGGUUAAAUGCUGCUGUUGACUUGAGACAUUGAAGACAAGUGGCGUUGAUUUCUUUCUGGUAGUUGUGUCAGUUCCAAGCCCCCCACUCCUUUUCAUUACACUUCUCAAGCCUUCAUGGAUCAUGAUGUUGUAGAUCAGUGGUUCCCUGUUAGUCUUGGGUGGGAUCACAGGAAGUCUCACUGGGCCAGAAAUCUAUGGAUUAUGGUUCAAUUGGACAGUUUGUCAGACUAUUGGUAGGUUUUAGGCAGUAUGAAAGUACAUACUCUAACAUGGUUUCUGUCUACCUCAAAUGGCUUCAGCUUAUACACCCAGUAUGAUAUUGUGGUUUUAAACUAGCCCUAAAAUCUAAAGAUUGUUUGGUUUUUUUUGUUUAUUACAUCUUUCAUUUUUAAUUUAUGUUUAAGCAAACUAGAAAGCACCACCCUCUUACAAUCAGCUGAGCCUGUCAAGUGGUAGAGGCCAGCAAAGACAUCAAAAAUGUUACACAUGCAAACUUUAAUGCGGUUCAGUACUAUCACGAGUACAUAGCAGUUAAACACUUAUUUGCAGUUUUGCUGAUUAACUAUUUACCACAUUGCUUUUUGCACUAUAUUUCACAGAGCUUUCUGCACAGCACAGUGACUGCAGGCUGGAGUUUUUGACUUAUUCCUUGCUAGUUAGUUUUGACAACACAUUUUUAAACACUAAAUCUGCAUCUGUUUGAUGUGUGUGGGGCAGAAUGGGAGGUAGUUAUGCUAAUAAAUUAAAGUAAUGAAUUAAACUGCAUAUUUUAAGGGGUAGAUAAACUCUGCUUACAUUUGAAACUGAAGACCAUACAUUUAGUGUUUACCUUUAGUAAUUAGACUUUCAUUUUCAUUGUAAGAGGAGGAAUAUUUUAUAUUACAGUUGAUCGUCACCAAGGGCUAAUUUUAAAUCACAUUGCAUUAAACAAAAAAGUCUGAGUCUGGGUUAUUUUGACAGACUGCUUAGGCUUUUGUAGCCUUUAUUUUCUGUCAGGAGUAACCUCUAAAUGCCUUAAACUCAUUCAGCUGUCUUAUCCUAGUGUAUUUAAGCUUUUGAUGUUGUUGUUCUCACCCUGUUUGUCUUUAACCAGCCUGUAGGUUUAACAUUAACAUGUGGUUAACAGGCUAGAAAAUGAAGUUCACUUCUCUGAUGGUGAAGUGAAGAAUUCAGAGUGAAUUGAAAUUACACCUAAGAGUAUGGAGUAUGUGUUGAAUACAGAACAUACCUACCAUGUAUAUUAACAUAAAUAUGCAGCAAUGAACACAUUGUACAUCUGUAAACAUUGUAGAUGUUUUGCUUGGAAACAGGUUUGGUAUAUAUUUUGUUUGCGUAGAGAUAUUACCAUAACACAUUGGUUUCAGGAAGUGACAUCCGAUUUCAUUCUUUUCAUUCCUUCCCUUCAAACCUGAAAAUUGUCUUGUGUCUUUAUCAUGUUAAAGAAGGGAUCUUUUGAUACCAAUUAGAUGUAGUUUUAGCGGUUCUUUGAAAGAUGUUCUUGUGCUAAUUUGGGUAUCAAAAAAAAAAGUCUUGAGUGCCCUUAUGGGAGGUGUGCAAUUUUUCUGUUUCCAUCAAAGAAGACUUUCUAGAUAUUUAUCAUAGCUAUAUUUCAGUUACUCAAUUCAAAUCAUACCAGCAACAAAGACAACUUUCAGAUGUAUUGAGCCAUGUUGAGUGAUCAUAUUGCCAAAUGAAGAACAAAUAACUUACCGGAGGAGAAAACAAAAUUAUGUGGCUUGCCUGGAUGUACAGUUAAUGUAACAUAAAUCUGUGAUUUUACUAAAGUUUAGCUUCGUGUCUGUAGAUGUUGGCCUUUUUAAGAAGCCUAGAGAGAAAACCCCCAUCAACAUAGAUACCUACUCACACUCCAUCGGAUGUGUCACUUGAAACAGUGGGCUGAUAACUUGUGUAGGUCACUACAAAGGGCUAAACAGUCUGCAGGGCUGCUGCUAAGUUUGUGGGCACUGUUUUAAUGUUUUAAUGAGAAACUGACAGAUCAAUAUCUAAUGUGGGGCUUACAUUGAUCAGUUGUUAUGAAUUACUGAUGUUGGGAAAACAAAUGUCAUGGAACACUGAGCCAUUUUAACAUGAUUGGUUUAUCCCACACUUGAAACACUCAAGUCAUUGUGGAAGUGAAUGCUCCCCUUUACCUCUGUGUGGUUAUCUUACUGAUAUUAGCAGUCUUGGUGUAGUUAGGCAGCCUCUACCCAUUUCCCUAACCUUCCUCUUGGCAUGCUCUGUACAAGGCCCAUACCCAUACGCCCACCCCACCCCACCCCACCCCACCUACCUUGGCACUGAGGAUCAUCGCACAAUGUAUUUGAAGGGGUAUG